CUUUUCCCAAUCUUUUCAGUUUAUAAUCAAGAAGAAGAUUCUUUUUAUGUCCACCAUGAUAUCCUGUUGUCUGCAUACCCUUUGAGUGUGGAAUGGCUAAAUUUUGAUCCUAGCCCAGAUGACUCAACUGGAAAUUACAUUGCUGUGGGAAACAUGACCCCUGUUAUUGAAGUGUGGGACCUGGAUAUAGUGGACUCUCUAGAGCCAGUCUUCACACUUGGAAGUAAGCUGUCAAAAAAGAAGAAAAAGAAAGGAAAGAAGAAUUCCUCAGCAGAUGGGCAUACAGAUGCUGUCCUUGACCUUUCUUGGAAUAAGCUGGUCAGAAAUGUGCUGGCCAGUGCAUCAGCUGAUAACACUGUUAUUCUAUGGGAUAUGUCCUUGGGGAAGCCAGCAGCUAGCCUCGCCGUACACACAGACAAGGUCCAGACUCUCCAGUUUCAUCCAUUUGAAGCACAGACUCUGAUUUCUGGAUCAUAUGAUAAGUCCGUGGCUCUGUAUGACUGCCGGAGUCCGGAGGAGAGCCACCGGAUGUGGCGCUUCAGUGGGCAGAUUGAGAGAGUGACUUGGAACCACUUUUCACCGUGUCAUUUUUUGGCCAGUACAGAUGAUGGCUUUGUAUAUAAUUUGGAUGCACGUUCAGAUAAGCCAAUUUUUACCCUUAACGCACACAAUGAUGAAAUUUCUGGUCUUGAUCUAAGCAGUCAAAUCAAGGGCUGUCUUGUGACUGCAUCAGCAGACAAGUACGUGAAGAUCUGGGACAUAUUAGGAGACAGGCCAAGUCUGGUUCACUCUCGUGAUAUGAAAAUGGGAGUUCUCUUCUGUUCUUCCUGUUGCCCUGAUUUGCCAUUUAUUUAUGCUUUUGGAGGUCAGAAGGAAGGGCUUCGGGUCUGGGAUAUAAGCACAGUCUCUUCAGUAAAUGAAGCAUUUGGAAGACGAGAGAGGCUUGUUCUCGGCAAUGCAAGAACUUCGUCUAUUAGCGGCCCCUUUGGGAACAGGAGCUCAGAAACACCAAUGGAGUCUUAAUGAAGAUCAUACAGUUUGCUGUUUUAUUUAUCCUAACUCAGUUUUAAAAAGCUGGCCUAAAGAUGCUCCCUGUGUAGCUGCAGCCGUCCAGGUUACUGAAGCAGAGCUGCCUGACGUCCCUCCUUGCAGCUGUGGGGCAGCACUCGGGGCUGGUCUCUGUGCUGACCUUUCAAGCGUGUGGCAUACAGGGCUCCACUUGCAUUCACUUCUUGAAAGGAGGAAUAAAAAGGUUUUUAGAAAUUCAUUCCUUAAAUGUGCCAUCUGUCACAGGUAGUCUAGGAUGUAAAAUAAGUAGUACUUCGUGGAAUUUGAAAAGGAGAAAAUCCUGUAAUCUUAAGAGAUGGGUAAACCUAGGCCUUGGAAGGUGGUGAUUAGGCCAAGGGUCCAUGGGGGGGGACUACAGUUUCCUGACAAUUGUUCUUCAGUUAAUGCUCAGUAUUGAGAAGUCUCAGUGCUGCUCUUCUAUAAGUGGCAUGCCUUUUCUGUCCACAGCAUGGUAUUCAGUGUUACAAAACAAAAGAGAUAUAAUGAUAAAGGGUUCAGUCCACAAGAGGAUAUAACAUUUGUAAAUAAAGCAAAUGGUAAGUGAUUCAUUAGACCAAAUGGACUCAGAUAAUACAUGGACUAUUCCAUCCAAAAGCAACAGAAUACACAGAUCAUGUGAUGUUACACCACAAAGACAAGUCUCAAUAAAUUAAAAAUCUUAUAAAA